GCGGAGAAAACACCGAGACAUGGGAGGUCGAGGAGCAUUCCAUCUUCUACUCGUGUGCCUGAGCCCAGCACUGCUGUCUGCUGUGCGGAUCAACGGGGAUGGCCAGGAGGUUCUGUACCUGGCAGAAGGUGAUAACGUGAGACUGGGCUGCCCCUACAUCCUGGACCCUGAAGACUAUGGUCCCAGUGGGCUGGACAUCGAGUGGAUGCAAGUCAAUUCAGAGCCCUCCCACCGGGAGAACGUGUUCCUUAGUUACCAGGACAAGAGGAUCAACCAUGGCAACCUCCCCCAUCUGCAGCAGAGGGUUCGCUUUGCAGCCUCGGACCCCAGCCAGUACGAUGCCUCUAUCAACCUCAUGAACCUGCAGGUAUCUGACACAGCCACCUACGAAUGCCGGGUGAAGAAGACCACCACGGCCACUCGGAAGGUCAUCGUCACAGUCCAAGCACGCCCUGCGGUGCCCAUGUGCUGGACAGAGGGCCACAUGACGUACGGCAAUGAUGUGGUGCUGAAGUGCUUUGCCAACGGGGGCUCCCAGCCCCUCGCCUACAAGUGGGCCAAGAUCAGCGGGUACACGCACCCCUACCGAGCCGGGUCUUACCACUCCCAGCACAGCUUCCACUCUGAGCUCUCCUACCAGGAGUCCUUCCACAGCUCGAUGACUCAAGGCCUGAGCAAUGGGGACCUGGUGUUGAAGGACGUCGCUGGAACAGAUGAUGGGCUGUAUCAGUGUACAGUAGCCAACCACGUGGGCUACAGCGUUUGUGUGGUGGAGGUGAAAGUCUCAGACUCCCGGCGUGUAGGCAUGAUCAUCGGCGCCGUGCUGGGCUCCCUGCUCGCGCUGUGCUGCCUGGCCGUGGGCAUCUGGGGACUCUUCUGCUGCUGCUGCGGGGGCACCGGGGCUGGCGGUGCCCGCGGUGCCUUCGGCUACAGUAACGGCGGGGCCUGCGGCGACCUGGCUAGUGAGAUCAGGUAA